CAACUACCCUGAAACAUGUGGUCUGAACAGUUGUUACUGUGGCUAGUACUGGAGCUUUGGUAGAGUGGAGCUGCAGGGUGAAGGAGUAUUAGCCAUGUUUUCUAAAGAGGCCAAAUGACACUGGACUAUCCAAUCACAGAAGAUGAACGCUCAACCAGAAGAGACUAGUUUAAUCCAUCGCUGAAUGCUUCAACCAACAUGAAGAUUUGUGUGUGUAUGUUGUUAUAUUAUAGUUGUGCUCAUGUAGACAAGUCAAGGGUAAAGUAGAGCGAGUGUGAGCAGACUGUGAUGGUGUUCACCAUGGUUGAAGAGGACGUGAUCAACUGCACCAUCAGCCAUGAAAUCCACCAGUACCUCUUCUCCUGUGUGUACAUCCUUGUAUUAUUGGUUGGUGUUCCCUCCAACCUGUACUCCCUGUAUCACGCUGCUCUACAGCUGAAGCAGAAGAAUGAGCUGGGUGUUUAUUUAAUGAACCUCACUGUGUCUGAUCUGUUAUACCUGGCCUCAUUACCACUGUGGCUCCAGUACAUCUUUCAGGAUGAUGAUUGGCGUCACAGAGAAUGGUUGUGUCAGUUGUGUGGUUUCCUGCUCUAUGAGAACAUCUACAUCAGCAUUGGCUUUCUGUGCUGCAUCAGUCUGGAUCGCUAUCUGGCUGUGGUUCAUCCUUUAAGGUUCACCUCUCUCCGCUCCAUGAGUGCAGCAUGGUUUGUUAGUAGCAUCAUCUGGCUGAAGGAGAUAGCAGUAGGUGUGGUUUUCUUCCGCCACAAAGAACUGAGCAAAGACCGCAAGAACCAGUCAGUGUGCUUCGAACACUACCCCAUGCAGCCGUGGGAGUAUCCAAUCAACUACUACCGCUUCACGAUCGGCUUCAUGUUCCCAUUGGCCAUUCUGUUGAUCAGCUACCUGUGUGUCCUUCGUGCAGUAGGUCGGAGUGCAGGAACACAGCCGGAUCAGAAGACGAGGAUCAGGCAGUUGGUGAGCAGCACCAUCCUCAUCUUCCUCGUCUGCUUCUCCCCCUACCACAUCUUCCUGUUAGUGCGCACCCUGCUGGAGCGGGACUGCAGCUUUAUUGGAGCAAUAUUUAACUACUACCACCUGUCAUUGUUGCUGACUACCCUGAACUGCGUGGCCGACCCUGCUCUUUACUGCUUCGUCAGCGAAAGCGCCCGCCGCGGCCUGUACAGAGUCCUGUUCCGACCUGUUGCUAAGAUACUCUGUUGCUGCUGUCGCCGCGGCAAUGCCAGCCCUGCCAACCCGGCCAGUGAUUCCCACGAGGUCGCCACCGACGAGAACAAUGGUCACCCGACCGUGACGCUGCUCACGCACACCAGUACGCUCAACAAUGCAAAAACAGAUGCUACCUGUAAAAACACAGUUUUAAUCAGACAGACUGAUGAAAAAACUAUUGUACCAAUAGAUGUACAAAAUAACAAACACUCUGACAAAUAUGUGGAAGGAAAGCCCAGCUGUGUGAUAGCUAUGGAGGGGCAGAGCCAAAAGACAGAGAGGACUGAGAAAACUGACAUCAGCUAAGAUCACCAGGAGAAAUCAGCUGGUGGGCCCCUCAGGGCCUCAGACCAAGAGAACAAAGACUGAUUACCAGAAAACUCUGAUGGAUGCUAAGAGUGAGUGAAAAGUACCCAAAAGACAACUAACCUGUGUGUAGAGCUCAGUGUGGCAGUAAUAAGAGCCUGCUGCCCACCCACUUGUGUUUACAUCAUUGUUAUUGUUAUAACACAACUCUUGAUACGUCAACUGACACUUUAGAAGAGGUCAGGCUGGAUCUGAUGUGUAUUUUGUCACAGUAAAUGCCCUGUUUACAUUUCUGUGGUUUGUACAUGUGGCAGCCAAUUGAAGGCAUAAAGGUCAUUAUGGGUCAGAGGUCAGAGUUUUAAAAAAUCAGCUACUUGCCAGUAUUAUUUUACACAAGUAUUAUGUUAUCAUCUCUAAGUAAGAAUGUAUAAAAGGUAAAGAGAACUAAUAGCUACAGUAAUGGUUAAUAAAUGCUUUAUAGAUCAGUUAUACACCAUUAAUAAUGUUCAGGUUUGAGCAGUAGAGUACAGACCAUGUAAGGUGGGUGCCUCUCCAAAGAGCCUUUGCUGCAGUAUUACAACAGUGUUACUUUAAUUAAAUUACAUCAUAUUCACCAGUAUUAACAACGGUGUUCCAACAUAGCCUGGUACUAUAAUUCAAUUUUAAUUUAUUUAUAUAACACCAGUCAUGACAUCUCAGUCAUCUCAGGGCUCUUCACGUGGUAAGUUCAGCACCUUAGACUAUUGUACAAAUGUAACCAACGUACUUCAUUUCACUUUUAUUUAAAGUAAGAGUUCAUUCAAAGCAGCUGAUAGGCUCACACUCCUGUGUCCUGAGCAGUGAACACAGCACAGUUAUGCACAAUAUAGCUGCUGCCACAGGAUCGUCAUCAAGUGGUAAACAAGACCUCAACAAUAAACAGUUAGCGACUGGUGUUCAGAUUUAGCCUUUAUGUGUGUAAAGCUCUGUGAUCAUGUGACUCCAGCCUCCAGGUUGUCUCAGGACAGAUUGUGAAAUCCCAUAUAAUGAAAGUUUUUUUUUUCAAUUUGGUAAUACUGAACCUAUAAACCAUUACAAUAAAUUUAUUUACACUCUUAGUUGUUCUUAUUCAUGGUUUAUGAGUGUUCACUAAAGUAAGUUAUUUAUUAACCAUUAAUAAUAUCAUUAGUUACAACUAUUUUUCAUAAAGAGUGACUCAUUAUGAAGUGGUACAAGUGUUCCUAUUGCAUUGUUAAAAGAUGCAGUUUAUUUAUAAUGAUGUAACUGCAGGCAGAAAGCCUGCAGCUUUUAAUAUUGACAACAAAGCUACAUAUUUCCAGGCUUAAUAAUUCUGCAAUUGUUUGAUUAACAACUGCAACAAAAACAAUACAGUAGCCUCCAUCUGUGAGAUAAAGAAACAAAAUAAAGAACAAAUUGAUGAAACCUUGAUGUGGGACUCAUGACAAACCACGCCUGCACUUUGACCACAUCCUGAGCACAACGGUGGAUUGUUUUGAUCAGUGCGUUAACACAGUGUACUAUAUUAGGUUGAAUACUUCUGGUGCAGCUGUACUGAUGUAGUAAAAUGAAUGGAAUUGCUGAUGUUACAUGACUUUUUGAAAAACACUUGUUCCUAAUGGGCUGAUGGGUCGACAAGGCCUCUACAGUUUGUUUUUGGUUGAUCUUCAUUUAAAGAAAGAUACAAACUUAAAAGCAGAUGACUUUGGUUUGAUUUGAUGUUGAUGUCAGUGAAUGCAGACACAUGUUCAGUAUGAGUCAGGCUUUAAAAAGGCAGUCUGUGACAUUGCCUCGUCUGCCUGCUCUGUCCACGUCUGCUUCUGUCGGACAAAAGUCAAAGGAAACCCUCUCCAGUGUCUGCGUGUUGUUUUAUGCAUGAAUGGGCAUGACACUAAAUUGUUAUUAUUGCCAAAAUUUGAUAUACUUAAGAAUCUGUGUAGACUAAUGGCAUAGACAAAACCUUUGCAUGGAAGAGUAUGAAGGCCAAAACUUAAUUUGUUAGGAAACCACAACACUAUGGUGAGUGUCUGUGGAAACAGGCUGUUAUUUUAAUUGUGUUAAAAUGUGAAAUUGUUGUCAUAAUCUAAGAUAUCAUGGAAAUAUAACAUGGUCAGAACUUCUAAAAUGUUCAUCAGGUAUAACUUAUUGUUGGAAGAUUGAAUUGACACAGAGAUAUGCUAUGGUAUUGUUAUGGAACUAUAACAUUAUGGUCAAGUGUCCAAUGAAAUAAUGAUUUAACUUUACUGUGAUGAAUGUGAUGUAUGUUUUAUAAAGCUUUGAAACAGUGUGGUAAAAA